GAGAGAGAGAGAGAGAGAGAGAGAGAGCGGCAGUCAUCCUUACCGAGCCCUUUGUUUCAAGCUAGCCGAAGUUGAGCCACCUAUCUUGAGGAACGACGUCGACUGAGGCGGCUCGUACCGGCUUCGGACGAUGGCUCCCCGGAGGCCGGACGCGGCGAAGAGAAGCGGCGGCGCUCGGGCGCCCGACUUUCGGAGCUCGGCGGCGCGCCGCCGCUCGUCCGGCGCGGUGCUGCCGUCCGUGCUAACGUUCCUGGUGAUCGUCGCCUCCGGAGGCCUGCUGCUCAUGAUCGAGAAAGGAAUGCUCAGCGGCGUGGAGACCCCGUCUCCCCGGGGAAGCGCGAGGCUGGAUGUCGGCCGGCAGCACACCGGCCGACGGGUGGCUGCGGGGGAGGACAUGGAGUCGCAGAUCCUCCAGGACAUCCGAAACCGGACCAUGGCGUCCAUGUGCAGCCAGAAGAACAUGCCGCACAGCCUGUGGUCGCUGACGCCGCAGCAAAGGAAGACGCUGCUGCAGCACGUGCUGGUCAACGACGAGUACCGCUUCCUGUACUGCUACGUGCCCAAGGUGGCCUGCUCCAACUGGAAGCGGGUACUGAAGGUUUUGGGCGGCGCGCUGGAGAACGUGGACGUCAAGGUCAAGAUGGACCACAUGAGGGACCUGACUUUCCUGUCCUCGCUGAAACCGGAGGGCAUCCGCUACCGUCUGGAGCACUACUUCAAGUUCAUGUUCGUGCGCGAGCCGAUGGAGCGCCUGCUCUCCGCGUACAGGAACAAGUUCGGCGAGAUCGAGUCGUACCAGCGCAGGUACGGGGCGGAGAUCGUCAAGCGUUACCGGAAGAACCACGCCGGCUCGCCCGUCGCCGGGGACGACGUCACUUUCGCCGAGUUCGUCCGCUACCUUCUGGACGAGGACCCCGAGCGCAUGAACGAACACUGGAUGCCCAUGUACAACCUCUGCCAGCCGUGCGUGCUGCACUACGACUUCGUCGGCUCCUACGAGCACCUGGAGCGCGACGCCGACUUCGUGCUGCGCAGGGUCGGGGUGCCGCCGCACGUCAGCUUCCCGGCGAGGCAGGCGUGGUACAAACCCGUCACGGCGGAGACGCUGCACUACUACCUGUGCAGCCUGCCGCAGAAGCUUCUGCGGGAGCUCCUCCCGAAGUACAUUUUAGACUUCUCCCUCUUUGCAUAUCCACUCCCCAACACGACCGCGGAGCACUGCCGGCAUUAAUUAAAAAAAAAAAAAAAAGUGAACUGGAAUAGCAUUUAAAAGAUUAAUUUAAUUGCGUCCAGCAUUUAUUGUAUCUACAGCCCCCGCUGGAUCACGUUUUAGGCCAGAGCAAAACAGCCACCCAUAAAAGAAACUCUUCUUCUUUUCUUUUCGGCUUGUCCCGUUAGGGGUCGCCACAGCGUGUCAUCUUUUUCCAUCUAAGCCUAUCUCGUGCAUCUUCCUCUCUAACACCCACUGUCCUCAUGUCCUCCCUCACCACAUCCAUCAACCUUUUCUUUGGUCUGUUCCCUGGUAGCUCCAUCUUGACCACCCUCCUACCAAUUUCCUCACUCUCUCGCAUCUGGACAUGUCCAAACCACCGAAGUCUGCUCUCUCGAAACUUGUCUUCAAAACAUCCAACUUUGUCUGUCCCUCUAAUGAGCUCAUUUCUGCUCCUAUCCAACCUGCUCACUCCGAGCGAGAACCUCCAGUUCUGCUUCCUGUUGUCGCUUCAGUGCCUCCGUCUCUAAUACGUACAUCAUGGCCGGCCUCACCACUGUUUUAUAGCGGAGACUCUUCUGUCACAUAGAACACCAGACACCUUCCGGCGACUCUUCCACACCGCUUGGACCCGCUGCAUGUCACAAUAUCAUCUGCGAACAUCAUAGUCCAAGGGAAAUCCAGUCUAACCUGUCAGCCUAUCCAUGACUACAGCAAACAGGAAGGGGCUCAGCGCGGAUCCCUGAUGCAGUCCCACCUCCACCUUAAAUUUUUCCGACACACCUACGGCACAUCUCACCGCUGUUCUGCCGCCCUCAUACGUGUCCACCCGCAAAACAGACAUCCCAAACCAAAUUUGGGUCGGCUGACUUUUCAACCACACCAAGCGAUUAAGCACCGCACAUCAUCCAACGGCGUUUUGAGGCUCAACAUAAUAAUUUUUUUGAACCCCAAAAACAUGGCAUGAUUGUCAAGGAAGAUGCAAAUGGGUAAGAAGAAGAGGAAAUAAGGAGUGGGAAUAUUUUGGGAGCCAUUUUAAGUGUUUGCAAUGAUCAAUUGCCCCCCAAUCACUCACUGAAUUGUGUUUCAGCGACAGACUUUGUUCCUCUGUAUUAUAUUUUGCACUAUAUUUUUCUAGUUUUCUAUAAAGACUGUUCACAUUUUUUU